ACCAGGAGCCAUGUUGGCCCUCAUGACUGCCGGCUCCGUCUUCUUUCCCGGACUCUUCAUGCUGUCCAAACAGACUCUGAAACACAUGAUGGGAUGGAGCGAGGGGGAUGCUGUCAUCAUAUCUACACGUCUGGUGUCGUCCAUCCAAGCCGUCAUGGCCUCCUCAGCCGGAUGUAUCAUCGCCUCGUCCUGCAGGGACAUCAUGGAGGACAGACAUUGGCUGACCGACACCUACAUCCUGUUUGCUACGCCUUACUUCGCCUACGACAUCUACGCCAUGUUCCUGUGCUACCGGCACAAGCUGCGGGUCAAAGGCCACGAGGAGGAGGGCGGCGUCAGGUCGAUGGGGGCCGCUGUGGGGGGUUACCUGCGCAGAGAGCUGCUCAUGGUGCUGCAUCAUGUCUUCAUGGUGGCCUUCUGCUUCCCCGCCUCACUGCUGUGGAGACAGGGUAAAGGUGAUUUCUUCCAGGGUGUUUUGUUCCUGGCUGAGCUCAGCACACCGUCUGUCUGUCUGGGGAAAGUCCUGAUUCAGUACAAGAAGCAGCACACUCUGCUGCACCGGGUCAACGGGGGCCUCAUGCUGCUCACCUUCUUCAGCUGCCGGGUGGUGCUCUUCCCCUACCUGUACUACGCCUACAGCAGGUAUGCAUCCAUCCCCGUGUACACGGUGCCCCUGGUGGCCCCCUGGCAGUGCAACCUGGGGGCCGCCCUGCUGUGGCCCCUCCAGCUCUACUGGUUCACGCUGAUCUGCAGAGGAGCUCUCCGCCAGUUCAUCGCAGGACGCUCAAACUCACCACCGCCGACUUUUAAAGGCGACCUCGGCGGCUGCCCGACGCCGAGCAAGUGCUGCAUGUCUCACCUGGACGGACAGACGGACAGUCGCUGAAGCUGAGGACGGACGGAGAGGACAGGACAGGUGACGGACGCUGCUGAGGCUCCGCUCAUGCAGACAAGAGCUGCGAAUGCUGCUCCUCGUUGAUGUAGAAGAAGAAGUUUAAUGAAAG